UGUGAGCGCGAGCCACCGCCGUUUCUAGACAUUGGCAGAUGUAAGUAGUUGUGCAACACGUGAAUUCCCGGCGGAAAGGCGAGUCUCGAGUGUCACAAGCUCCGUGCCGACCUUUACCAACCGUGAAACAAGUCCAUUCAGCCUAAAGCGCGGACACGGUGCGGAGAAACAACACCUGGUAUGCAACCAUUUGUUUGACCCUGUCGUGUGUUACUAAAGAGAGCGGAGUGUUUUAAAAGUGUCAUUAUGCCAUGGCGUCUCUGGGCGCCUCCUUCGUUCAAAUCAAAUUCGAUGACAUCCACUUCUACGAGAACUGUGGCGGCGGGAGCUUUGGCAGUGUGUACCGUGCCCGCUGGAUCUCGCAGGACAAAGAGGUGGCGGUGAAAAAGCUGCUGAAGAUUGAGAAAGAGGCAGAGAUCUUGAGUGUACUCAGUCAUCGAAAUAUCAUCCAGUUUUAUGGCGCAAUUCUUGAGGCCCCAAACUAUGGAAUCGUCACAGAGUAUGCCAGUGGAGGGUCAUUAUAUGAGUAUCUAUCAAGUGAUGCAAGUGAAGAAAUCAGCAUGAGACAGAUCAUGACUUGGGCAACAGAGAUCGCUAAAGGAAUGCAUUAUUUACAUGCGGAGGCCCCGGUUAAAGUUAUCCACAGGGAUCUCAAGUCCCGAAAUGUGGUCAUGACGGGAGACAAAGUUCUCAAGAUCUGUGAUUUUGGAGCAUCUAAGUUUCACUCACACACCACACACAUGUCUCUGGUGGGCACCUUCCCCUGGAUGGCUCCGGAGGUCAUUCAGAGCCUUCCAGUUUCUGAAACAUGUGAUACAUACUCCUAUGGAGUGGUUCUGUGGGAGAUGCUGACUCGUGAGAUUCCAUUCAAAGGGCUAGAGGGGCUGCAAGUGGCUUGGCUGGUUGUGGAGAAGAAUGAGAGAUUGACUAUUCCCAGCAGCUGUCCUGCCAGUUUUGCAAACCUGAUGAGGAAAUGCUGGGAAACAGAACCAAUGAAAAGACCCUUGUUUAAAGAGAUCUUGUCCAUACUAGAGGCCAUGUGCAAUGACAGCCAGCUCUCUGACCAGUGCAACUCCUUCUUGCAAAACAAAGCAGAAUGGAGGCGUGAGAUUGAGGCAACUCUGGAUCGCUUGAAGAAGCUGGAGAGGGACCUGAGCACUAAAGAGCAGGAGCUGAAGGAGAGAGAGCGCCGCCUCAAGAUGUGGGAGAAGAAACUCAUAGAGCAGUCCAACACUCCGCUGCUCCCGAACCUGGCCAUCCAUGUCUGGACAGAGGAACAUGUGUACUUCUGGAUGUCACAGAUUUUUGGGACAGGCGGGGCAGACUGUGAGAUGCAGCGCUACGCUGAUGUCUUCAAGAAGAACCACAUCACUGGACGCAGGCUGCUUCUCCUGUCUGAGGCAGAUAUGAGAGAUAUGGGCAUCUCCUCUAAAGGGCAUAUCAUACACCUGAAGACUGAAAUUGAAAAAUUAACAAAUGAUUACCUGGCCCUGUUCCAUUUCCCCCCGUUAACAAAGGAUGAAUGGGACAGAGAAGAGGAGAAGCAACGCUGGAGGAAGACUGUUAAUCUGGAGCUGGUGUUUGGUUAUCACUGGAAACCAGGAACAGGUCCACAGGACUGCAAAUGGAAAAUGUACUUGGAACUUGACGGAGAUGAAGUUGCUUUAACCUAUAUCAGAGACGUCACGUUUAAUGCAAACAGACCGGAUGUGGAAGUCUCAAAGAUGACCAAGCCACCAUUUGUGAUGGAGAAAUGGAUUGUCGGGAUAUCUGACAAACAGACUGUCGACUGCAUUGUAAAUUAUGAGAGUGAUGUCAGGUCUCCAAAGAGCACAAGGCAUAUGCACUCAGUGCCGUGGAGCCUGGUCAGUGGGCCAGAUGAAAUCAGAGGUGUAGAGCUGCUCAUAGAAACAGCACCAACAAACGGGGGUGGAAACUACAGGAGCUGUUCCAACUCUGGUGUUGAUCCUCAGUGGAUUUCCAGUCUGAGAUCAAAGCAGCUCAGAGAGGACCUAGCCCAGGAGCGCCACAGUGCCACGCCGAGCAACCACUCAGACAGCAUGACCCUCCCGCAGUUCCUGUCUGUUUUUGGUAAUCAGUCAUCAUAUGCUUCUGCUGUGCGAAGAUCACCCAGUCGCAGUCCACUUUCACAAUGGGCCGACUCCCGAAGCUCCUCUCCUACUCUUUCAACCAAACUCUCCUCAAUCCACCUGGGGUCAAAGGGUAGCAGCCCAUCCAGUACCACUUCAGAGAGCACAUCAGAGAGAGAACGCUCUCAAAGCAGUAGACACAUGUACAACUACCAAAAAAAGGGCUCCUAUAACUCUCUAACUGUGACCGGAGGAGGAGACCGGAGAUUCAAUAGAGGGGGCAGUCAUGCAUCUCAUGGCGGCUCUAGAGUCGGACGACAUCGGACCAACCAAGUAGUACCACAGAACCAGUUACAGAUAAUCCCAGGAUUGGCAACAGCAACAGUAGGAGAAAGGCAGAAAGAUGAGCUAGAGGAUGCCAAAGCUGCAGAGGGAGGAUGGAUUAAAGUAGAACGCAAGAAGCCUCCCAAACAGGACCAUAAGCAGCAGGACCAAAGACAGCUCAGAGGCCGUCCACGAAAGGGAGGAAGAGGGGGGCGUGGGCGGAGCUAAGGGUUUUUAUGCUGUGUAUAUGUGGGCAUGUGGAUCAAGUGUACUACAGUUCUUUUUCAGAUGUGGGUGGGAAUAUAAUUACUGCUUUAUACCUUUGAACAGGCCUAGGACCUAACUAUUUUUAAUUUUUUUAACCAUUAUUUGUAUGACUGGCCUUGAAUCCUCAUGCCUCCAUAUGUUUUCAGCUUGUGACAAGGGUCUUUCUCACAAGACACUCCAGAAAUACGAAUGUUUUAGUACUCUAAACUAGUAAUAUUGUUUGGGAUUUUAAUUAUGACUGUUCACACACACACACCACUACCACUACUAGAUGAAUUAGGUUUUUUGCCUCAGGUUUCAGACUCUUGGGUUUUGUUAUAAUAUUUUUAUAUAAUUUUUUGCCAACUAUAUCCUACUGAAUCGUCAAAAUAAAAAUGAUUUUAAAAUGA